UUUAUAUUUUAUACAGUAUUUUAACUGUACCUUUUCCAUGUAUAUGUACACAAAUACCUGCCAUGGUGUGACAGUUGCCUUUAGUAUUCAGUACAGUAACAUACAGUACAGGUUUGUAGCCUAGGAGUGCUAGGCCAUACCAUAUAGCCUAGGUGUGCUGUAGGUUACACCACCUAGGUUUGUGUAAGUAUACGCCAUGAUGUUAGCACAAUGGUGAAAUCACCUAGUGACACAUUUCUCAAGCUCCUCACAUGGCAAGCAACGCAUGACUGCGUAUGAAAGCUCUUAAAUAGGGAAUAAGUUUCUAAAUUAAUCUCAAAACAGUCAUUAUUUACUACAUAUGGAAUUUUUUUUUUUUUUUUAAUGGAGCAAAAGUAUCAUUUCAGUGGGAACUUAACUUGGGGCUGCAGUGUUUUAUUUAACUUUCACCCCAAAGUUGGAAAGUGUUUUGAAGUUUUUCCCUGUAAAAUAAUUAUUUUAAUUCAAUUUAAAUAAAACCCACCAAGGAUACCUCAAGCUUUAAGAAGUCUAGCUUCCUGUGAAAUGUGAGAGGAAGUCAGCACUGAUUUCAGGAAUCUGAUUAUAACAAUAGAUCCAUGCCUAAAUGAGGCGAAUCUUGGAAUCUCUUCAAUUUUAGUUUAGUUUUUUGAGACAGAGUUUCUCUCCUGUUGCCCAGGCUGGAAUGCAAUGUUGCGAUCUUGGCUCACUGCAACCUCUGCCUCCCAGGUUCAAGCAAUUGUCCUGCUUCAGCCUCCUGAGUAGCUGAGAUUACAGGUAUGCACCACCACACUUGGCUAAUUUUGUAUUUUUAGUACAGAUGGAGUUUCACCAUGUUGGUCAGGCUGGUCUCGAACUUCUGACCUCAGUGAUCCACUCACCUCGGCCUCCCAGAGUUCUAGGAUUACGGGUGUGAGCCACCGCACCUGGCUCCCCUUCCAUUUUAAAACCAUCACUAUGCACCCUGUGCCUCUGCUAGGCACUGGAAUAAGAUGAAGCACCUUCUUGGAGUUUACAUGCUGAUAAUUGUGCCAGACAGUAAUAAAAUAGGUAAGAAUGGCUGUGGGGGAAGUCAGCUGGGUCCUAGUUAUAGUCGAAUUUCAGGAAAUUAUUUAACAUGCUGACUUCAACAGCCUAAGCCUCUCCUCCAUGUGUGCACACAGGGUAGAUCUCUGAAGGGUGGCGCUGUAACUUCUAGGGUAAUGGCUGUGUUGAGUCAAGGCAGGAUGACAGUUCAGCCUCCUCCCAGGCUAGUGCAAAGGGCUCUUCACUGGGAUUAAAGCCUUCUCUCCCAGAUGAAUUGCCCACCCCCAACACCCCUCCUACAGAAAAUGUGGAGUCCUGGCUUGUUCCCUGGCAGCCCCUACCUAGUAGGGUGGUGAAUUAAUUAUCAAAACAUGCAAAACAUGAAACAAAAGAUACCGAAAGUUUAGCGAAAAUGGCAAAUUUUGGAAUAAAUGACUGUAAUGUGCCUCGUGUCUGCCACCCGAACUGGCCCCCAUUUUGCAGCUCAGUUGCUCUCCCUGGAAGGAAGAGUACGCUCGGAUUUCGCCUUGGAGGAGGAAGAGUUCAGGCUGCCAGAACUGGACUAGCACUUCUGAAGAUCCUGAGGCGAGGUCCUGUGACUUCCUUGGGAAGCUCUGCCGCGCCCCCACCCCACCCCACCACAGCAGGCCGCUGGAGUCGUGGGACCACCUGGGUCUAUGGACCAAAUCCUUCCUCACUAAGGGAAGGGGAGGGGUGUUCCGGCCAGGCAGGGUGGGAAGAGGUGCCUGGGCAGGAUUGUGACAUAAGAAUGCUCUGGUGACAUGGAACAGAUCUGUGGCAUAAAUAAAGGUGUCAUAAACACAGGGCGGGGCGCACGCUUAUAAGAGGCAUGAGUGUCUCAGGGCUGCCAGAAUGGCUCCCGCUCAGUGCGCGGUGCCAGCGUGCCUCAUGUCCCGGCUGCGUUUCUGGGGCCUAUGGCCCCUCCUCACGUGGCAACUAUUGUGUCUACUAGUCAAGGAGGCUCAGCCUCUGGAGUGGGUCAAGGACCCGCUCCAGCUGACCUCUAACCCCCUGGGGCCGCCUGAGCCCCGGUCUUCCCGCUCCUCCCAUCUCCCAUGGGAAUCUCCCCAUGCGCCCACUCCCCCAGCAGACCUGGGGGACUUUGAUUACCUGGGGCCCUCUGCUUCCUCGCAGAUGUCAGCCCCACCCCAGGAAUCGACUGAAAAUUUGGUUCCAUUCCUGGACACGGAUUCAGCUGAAGAGCUGCCCCUGGGGCCAGAGCAGUUCUCCGCUGCACACCAGGAUUUAAAUGACAAGCUGACUCCGGAAGAAAGGCUCCCAGAGGUGGUCCCACUGCUGGACGGGGAUCAGAACCAGACCCUAGUUCAGCUUCCUCGCCUCAAAAGUAAGGUUCCAACUGCAGAUCUAGAUCGGGCUGCAGGCCAUCAGGCAGAUGAAAUACUUGUUCCGCUAGACAGUAAGAUUUCAAAACCAACCACAUUUAUUGUUUCGCCCAAGAACCUGAAGAGAGAUCUAGCUGAGCGUUGGAGCCUUGCUGAGAUUGUUGGAAUUCCACACCGAUUAUCCAAACCUCAGCGUGAGAAACAGACUUUGCAGGAUGAAUAUUCGAGUAUGGACACACUGUAUCCCGGCAGCCUGCCUCCAGAACUCCGGGUGAACUCAGAUGAGCCUCCAGGGCCCCCUGAGCGAGUUGGACUUUCUCAAUUCCAUCUAGAGCCGGAAACUCAAAAUCCAGAGACCCUUGAAGGCAUCCAGUCCUCUUCAUUCCGGCAAGAAGCCCCAGGGCAGCUUCCACAGCUCCCUGAGGAGGAAGAACCUUCUUCCACCCAGCAGGAGGCCCCAGCUCUGCCUCCAGCAUCCUCUAUGGAGAGUCUAACUCUACCGAAUCGUGAGGUGACAGUUCAGCCUCCAGGUGAGGAUCAAGCUCAUUAUAACUUGCCCAACAUUACAGUUAAACCUGCAGAUGUGGAGGUUACCAUAACUUCAGAGCCUACCAAGGAGACAGAAUCUUCCCAAGCCCAGCAGGAGGCCCCGAUUCAGUUUCCAGAGGAGGCGGAACCUUCUGCAACCCAACAGGAGGCCCCAACUGAGCCUCCAGGUCCUCCUAUGGAGCAUGAACUUUCCCCCAGUGAGCAGGAGCAGCCAGCUCAGCCUUCUGAGUCUUCUGGGGAGGUUGAAUCUUCUCCAGCCCAGCAGGAGGCCCCAGCUCAGCCUCCAGAACAUCAUGAAGUCACAGUUUCACCUCCUGGUCACCAUCAGACUCAGCAUUCAGAUUUGCCCAGUGUCUCUGUUAAGCCUCCAGAUGUGCAGCUCACCAUAGCAACAGAGCCUAGUGCAGAGGUGGGAACUUCUCCAGUCCUCCAGGAGGCUACAGCUCACCUCUCAGGGCCAGGUAAUGAUGUAGAACCUCCUGCCAUCCAGCACGGGGGCCCAUCUCUGCCUCCAGAGUCACUGGAAGAGGCUGGACCUUCAGCAAUUCAACAGACUUCAGUUCAAUCUCCGGAAGCUGUUAAUAAUGAGAACCCCUCUCCAACCCAGCAGGAGGCUGCAGCUGAGCAUCCACAGACCGCUGAGGAGGGUGAGUCUUCUCUAACCCAGCAGGAGGCCCCAGCUCAGACUCCAGAGCUCCCUAAUGUAGUUGUAGCUCAACCUCCAGAGCAUCAUGAGGUAACAGUUUCCCCUCUAAGUCAUGAUCAAGUUCAGCUUCCAGCAUUGCACAAUGUCACUGUUAAUCCUGUGGAUCACAUGGUUACCAUGACUCCAGAUUUCACUAAUCAGGUUGAACUGUUAACUCAACAGGGGGCCCCAGCUCAGCCUUUAAUGUCCCCUGAGCAGUUUCAACAUUUGAAAGACCAGCAGCUAAAUAGACCUGAAAAUUAUGAACUUCCUCCAGUCCAUAAAGAGCCCACAACUCAGCCUCCAACUCAGCUCUCCUCAGAGUUUGAAAGUUCACUGAAUGAUGAAGCAAUAGGUUCACCUCUAUAUAUGUCAUAUACAGAUGUAGAUAUGGGGUUUACCAGACCUACAGCAGUCACUAUGCGGGUACAACCUUCUCCAGUCCAGCAGGACAGCCCUCCUGUUCCCACUGAGCAGGCUGACUUUUCUCUAGCCCAGCCUGAUCUCCCUUCCCCACUUCUGCAUCUUCCUGAAAAGACUGAAUCUCCAGUCCAGCAAGAGGCCACAGCUCAGAUUCCAGAUUCCCCUAAGGAGGCAGAACCUUCUCCAGUCCAGCAAGAGUUCCCAGCUGAGCCACCAAAGCCCCCUAAGGAGGUUGACCCAUCUGCAACCCAGCAGGAAGCCUCAGGUCCUCCUCUGAAGUCCACUGAAGAGAUCAGUCCUCCACUGCAGCAGGAGAUACCAGUUCAGCCAUCAGAGCCACCUGAGAUGGUCGAGCUAUCUCCAGUCCUACAGCAGGCCCCAACUCAACUUUUAGAGCGACCUAAAGAGGUAGAAUCCUCUCCAGUACAGCAGGCAGUCCCUGCUCAGUCUUCAGACCCCCCUAUGGUGAUAGAACCCUCUCUGACCCAGCAGAUGGCCCCGUCUUUAUCUCCAGAGUUCCCUCAGGAGGUGGAACCAUCUCUAACUCAGCAGGAGGUUCCAGCUCAGAUUCCAGAGCCCCCUAUGGAGGCAGAACCUUCUCUGACCCAGCAGGAGGCCACAGUUCAGGCUCCAGAGCCCCCUAAGGAGGUAGAAACUUCAAGGCAGCAGAUGAUCCCGGUGCACCUUUCAGAGCCACCUAAGGAGGUUGCAGCUCAACCUCCAGCUCAUGAUGAGGUGACAGGCCCAACACCAGGUCAGGAUCAAGCUCAGCAUUCAACAUUGCCCAGUGUCGUAGUUCAACCUUCGGACCUGGGACUUACCAUCAUUCCAGAACCCACUAUGGAGGUUGAAUAUUCUACACCCCUGAAGAAGACUAUCAUUCCUGCAAAGCACCUUAAGGUGACACUUCCACAUCCAGACCAGGUUCAGACUCAGCAUUCACACCUGACUCAAGCCACAGUUCAACCUUUGGACCUAGGGUUUACCAUCACUCCAGAAUCCACGACAGAGGUUGAACUUUCUCCAACUGUGCAGGAGACCCCAACUCAGCCUCCUAAGAAAGUUGUACCCCAACUUCUAGUAUAUCAAGAGGUAGCAAUUCUAACACCAGGUCAGGAUGAAGCUCAGCAUCCAAUGUCACCCAGCGUCACAGUUCAACCUUUGGACCUGGGACUUACCAUCACUCCAGAACCUACUACAGAGGUUGUACCUUCUACAGCCCUGACAACUACAGCUCCUCCUCCAAAACACCCUGAGGUGACACUUCUACCUUCAGACAAGGGUCAGGCUCAGCAUUCACACCUGACUCAAGUCACAAUUCAACCUUUAUACCUGGAACUUACUGUAACUACAGAACCCACUACAGAGGUUAAACCGUCUCCAACCAUGGAGGAGACCUCAACUCAGCCUCCAGACGCAGGACUUACCGUAACUCUAGAACCCACUACAGAGAUUGGACAUUCCACAGCCCUGGAGAAGACUACAGCUGCUCAUCCAGACCAGGUUCAGACUCUGCAUCAAAAACUGACUGAAGUCACAGUUCCACGUACUGAACUAGAACCUACUCAAAAUUCAUUGGUGCAGCCUGAAAGUUACGCCCAAAGUAAGGCUUUAACUGCAUCAGAGGAACAGAAGGCCUCCACAAGCACCAACAUAUGUGAACUCUGUACCUGCGGAGAUGAGACACUGUCAUGUAUUGAUCUCAGCCCAAAGCAGAGGCUCCACCAAGUGCCUGUGCCAGAGCCCAACACCUACAAUGGCACCUUCACCAUCUUAAAUUUCCAAGGAAACUAUAUUUCGUACAUUGAUGGAAAUGUAUGGAAAGCAUACAUUUGGACCGAGAAACUAAUUCUCAAUGAAAAUUAUUUGACUGAAUUACAUAAGGAUUCAUUUGAAGGCCUGCUAUCCCUCCAGUAUUUAGAUUUAUCCUGCAAUAAAAUACAGUCUAUUGAAAGACGUACAUUUGAACCACUACCAUUUUUGCAGUUUAUAAAUCUUGGUUGCAAUUUACUCACAGAACUGAGCUUUGGAACAUUUCAGGCCUGGCACGGAAUGCAGUUUUUAUACAAGUUAAUUCUCAAUCGCAAUCCUCUGACAACUGUUGAAGAUCCGUAUCUCUUUAAAUUGCCAGCAUUAAAAUAUCUAGACAUGGGAAAAACGCAAGUUCCACUUACAACACUUAAGAACAUUCUCACGAUGACUGUUGAACUGGAAAAACUAGAUUUAUCCUGCAAUAAAAUACAGUCUAUUGAAAGACGUACAUUUGAACCACUACCAUUUUUGCAGUUUAUAAAUCUUGGUUGCAAUUUACUCACAGAACUGAGCUUUGGAACAUUUCAGGCCUGGCAUGGAAUGCAGUUUUUAUACAAGUUAAUUCUCAAUCGCAAUCCUCUGACAACUGUUGAAGAUCCGUAUCUCUUUAAAUUGCCAGCAUUAAAAUAUCUAGACAUGGGAAAAACGCAAGUUCCACUUACAACACUUAAGAACAUUCUCACGAUGACUGUUGAACUGGAAAAACUGAUCUUACCUAGCCAUAUGGCCUGCUGCCUCUGCCAAUUUAAAAACAGCAUUGAGGCUGUCUGCAAGACAGUCAAGCUGCAUUGCAACAGUGCAUGUCUGACAAACACCAUACAUUGUCCUGAAGAAGCAUCUGUAGGGAAUCCAGAAGGAGAGUUCAUGAAGGUGUUACAGGCCCGGAAGAAGCACACGAGCACUGAGCUGACUAUUGAGCCGGAGGUGCCCUCAGACAGCAGUGACAUCAACUUGUCAGGCUUUGGGAGUGAGCAGCUAGACACCAAUGACGAGAGUGAAGUUAUCAGUGCACUAAGUUACAUCUUGCCUUAUUUCUCAGUGGUAAAUCUAGAUGUGAAAUCAAUGUUGUUACCGUUCAUUAAACAGCUUUCUUCAAAUGUGCAAGAUGGAGAUAGGCCCCUGGGUAUUUUGAAAAACAAUAUAAAGAGCCCCUCUCUUCAACCUGCAUCGGACAACUCAACUUACGAAAUUUAUGAAAAUAAAUUGAGAAAGCUGUACUUGCUGGAAAAUAUGUUAGAUGCAGAAAUACAGGAAAAAAUCGAUGAAGUUAAAAGGGAAGAAAAAACUGCCAUGCUUAUGCAGACCAGCCUUCUAGGUAACAAAUUUAAACGCCAAAUAUUUGAAAAGAAAUUAGAAACUGUCCAACCACAGGAAAACAGCCUGGCAAAGAUUCAAAGUGUAGGCAACAACCUGCAGAGAGUGAACAGAGUCCUCACGGGCCCAAGGAGCAUCCAGAAAAGGCACUUCAAAGAGGUGGGAAAGCAGAGCACCAGGAGGGAAGAGGGUGCGCAGGCAUUUGUGGAGAGCGCUGCCCAAGAAAAAAGGCUCGGGAGCCCGGUCUCAAGGGAGCUGGAACAGCCUCACACAGAGCAGGGGCGUGAGAAGUUAGUGGGAAACACCGUCUACACCAAGCCUUCGUUCACCCAAGAGCUUAACGCAGCAGUGUCUUCUGUGCUGAAACCCUUCUCCAUGGGCGAGCCUUCUGCCUCCACCCCUGCAAAAGCCCUACCUGAGGUCAGAGACAGAUCGAAAGACUUAACCCACGCCAUUUUCAUUUUAGAAAACGCAAAGGCUAGAGUUAAAAGUAUGAAGGCUGCUAAACCAAUCAUACAUUCCAGAAAAAACUACCGCUAUCAUAAAACUCGCUCCCGCGUGGCCCACAGAACACUCAAGGCCAAAAAGAGUCAAAAGUUCAGAAAGAAAAGUUACCUCGAUAGACUGAUGCUCGCAAACAGGCCGCCAUUCUCUGCAGUGAACAGCCUCAUAAAUUCCCCUUCACAAGGGGCUUUUUCAUCAUUAGGAGACCCAAGUCCUCAGGAAAAUCCUUUUCUGGAAGGAUUUGCUCCUUCAGAACGUUUUACAGAAAACACUAAUGUAAAAGACACAACUGCAAGAAAUGCCUUUGAAGAAAACAUUUCUAUGGAAAACACUACUAUGCCAGAAGGCACCAUCUCUGAAAACACAACCUACAAUCCUCCUCCUGAGGCAGAUUCCGCUGGGACUGCGUUCAACUUAGGGCCAGCUGUUAAACGAACUAAUCAGACACAAUGGGAAUACAACAACAUGGGCACUGACCUGUCCUCCGAGCCCAAAAGCUUCAAUUACCCUUUGCUCUCGUCUGCAGGUGAUCAGUUUGAAAAUCAGCUAACCGAGCAGCUACGUUCCCUCAUCCCCAACAACAAUGUGAGAAAACUCAUUUCUCAUGUUAUCCGGACCUUGAAGACAGACUGCUCUGACACCCGUGUGCAAGUGACCUGUGCCAAGCUCAUCUCCAGGACAGGCCUCCUGAUGAAGCUUCUCAGUGAGCAGCAGGAAGUAAAGGCGUCCAAGGCUGAAUGGGAUACGGAACAAUGGAAAACUGAGAACUAUAUCAAUGAGAGCACGGAAGCCCAGAGUGAACAGAAAGAGCAGAGGUUGAGUGAGCUCACAAAAGAAGUUCCAGGAUAUGGCUAUAACAACAAACUCAUCUUGGCAUUAUUUGUGACCGAAAUACUAACGACUUUGAUUAUAAUUUUCUGCCUCAUUCAGAUUUAUUCUCACCGAAGGUCAUCACAAGAAGAUGAAGAAGGAGUCUCAAGGGGCAUUUUCAGAUUUCUGCCAUGUAGGAGAUGCUGUUCGCCAAGUGAGACUCAGGAUGGAGCUUUCUCAUUCAGACAGCCGCUGUGGCUUAAAGAUAUGUACAAACCUCUCAGUGCCACAAGAGUAAAUAACCAGGCAGAGAAGCUGCACAAGAAGUCAUCUAAUGAGGAGGAGAUCCUCAGCAGGGAACCUGGGGACAGCGAAGCCCCAACAGAGAUGGGGGAGGAGAGUGAAGCCCAGUCAUAGGAGGAGAAAGAGUGACCCCAGCCCGCCUCAGGCCUCCUGCAAAAAUACAUAGCAUAAACAACAAGGGCCAUCAGAAAGAAAAGCAGGACUGAAGCCAGCGGUCCACGCAUCCACAGAGGCAGCGGGCAGAGGAAGCACAGCGCCGUCGUUCCCUCCCUUGUUUCCCAGUCUUAUUAGUCACCCAGACCUGAAAACAUAUCCUCAGGGGUGGAGAUUUUACAAUUAAAUACUGUUGUUCUCUUGUU